UGAACAUCGCUGCAAGUAACUUAAAUUUAGUAUUUUGUAUUUAUUCAAGAUGUUUUCUUCACCUGUGUCAAGUGUUUUUCUUAUUCUAGCAUCUUUUGUUUCAAUAUCAUUUGCAUUUUUUGAUGAUUAUCCAACUCUUCAUUAUACAAUUUAUAAUACAGACGAAUUUCAACACCUUCCACAAGGAGUUGAAUUGAUUCCUCUUAAUCGAGAACUAACAACAACAUCAGGUGGAUUAACUCGCUACACAUACGGUCAACGUGUUCCAAACGAUGAAAUUAAAAGAGAAAUAGGAGGCUCAGUUGGUCCAACAGAAAAUACAACAAAUAUUCAGUUGAGAUUCAAAGUUCCAAUCACAACAACAUUUCUUCAAAUUGAUAUAACGCAAAAUUCAACUUCUAGCAGCGAAGCAUAUUAUUCUUUAUCAAAUGGAAGUGAAAAGAAAGGAAUUUAUGUAAUAGUUGUAGCAAAUAAUUCUUAUUAUGUUGGCGAUCAUGUUUCAAUAUAUGGAUUAAAAGACGGAUUGAAAAACGAAAGUGUGGGUAAUCAGUUACAGGGGCUAGGAGUUACAAUAUUGUUUUGCAUGUUGUUUGUGUUUAUAGUCAAUUUGAGCUCCGAACAAAAUUGCGUUACUUGAUUUCUUUAAUGUUUAAUGUUUAUUUUAAGACAAAAAAAAAUCAAUAUUAUUGGAGAAAUUUAAUAUUAAUUGCAAAACUUUUUUUUUUUUGUAGUAGCAAGCUCUUUUAAAAAAAU